UCGGCGCGCGGAGACGCCGGAGCGGCCCAGUGACGUCAUCGGAGCGCGCCGCCGGGAUGGCCGCGGCGGGGCUGCUGGGCCGGGGACCGCUCUUCCUGCGGUGCAGCUCCUGGCGAAGCUUCACCUCACAGACAGACGGGGAGGCGCGAGUGACGCAGGUCCUGCGGGAGAAAUUCCCCCGCGCUUCUGCCAUCAAAGUCGUGGAUAUUUCAGGGGGCUGCGGUGCCAUGUACGAGAUCCACAUCGAGUCGGAGGAGUUCAGGGACAAGCGGCCACUGCAGCAGCACCGUAUGGUGAACCAGGCGCUCAGCGAGGAGAUCAGGACCAUGCACGGGCUGCGCAUCUUCACCUCCACCCCCAAGCCCUGACGCUCAAUAAAGCUGCUCCCACCCGCG